AUGGCUGCCAUUGUAGGCUAUCGCGAAGAUCCCGAGCUUUUUGCCCGGGCUUUGGGUAGCUACAAGUCUGUUAAAGAAUGCCGCUUCGUCCUUGUGGGCGUCGAUGGGAACGAGGUCCCUGAUAUGGAAAUGGUCCAGGUCUUCCAAAAUGUAUCACUUUCUCUCCCAACUUGCCCUACUUCAUUAACUAAUCAUGAACAGACAUUCCCAGAUCACUCGGCUGUCAUCCAAGUGGAGAAGCCGCUUGGUGAACUGGCCAUGCAGACCUUUGAAAAGCUCAGUACUCUCGAUGGCAACAUCCACUCCAGCGAGAUGUACUCGCAGACGACCAUCGAACACUGCUGCCAACUUGCUCGGGAGAUUCUCUCCGAGUAUGACCUGCGAUUAGGCCAGCCAGACGGUGUCAAGCACCUCUGUCUGUUUCAGCCCCAUCUUCACAAGAAGGGGAUCAUGUUCACCACUUUCAUUUUCUCCAUCGUGAUCGCCGAGAUGAUCGGCGUCGAGUACCUCUGGUCCUCCGACUCUGAUACCCUGGUCCUGCCCGAUUCCCUGCAGAGCACAGUCGAGACUCUGGCCGGCGAUCCCACCGUCGGCGGUGGCAGUUCGGGACUAAUCGUCCACAACGAGAACGAUUCCCUGCCCGCGAAGCUCGGAAGCGUCGUCUACUGGUCCGAGCUAUACAUGACCCGGUCCACCUCGACGUCGUCCGGCACCAGCGACUGCCAGAGCGGCCCUAGCUCUGCCUUCCGCAUCUCGGCUCUCCCCGCUGUUCUAUACCCAUGGUAUACCCAGACCAUCCUAGGCCACCGCAUGAUCGUCAACGAAGACCGCCACCUAACAACCAACCUCCUUAUGCGCGGCUGGACCGUCACCUACGUCUCGGACACGCUCGCUGCAACCGACACGCCCACGACAAUGAGCCGCUGGAUCAUGCAGCAAGUACGCUGGAGCCGCGCCGGCCACAUCGAAUCCUUCCAGCAACCCAGGGUCUACCUGCUCAAUAACCCGCUCUUCUUCUGGGCCGCCAUCAAGCGCGAGUUCGGGCCGCUGCUCGGCCUGCUGUAUAUCCUGUACUACCUGUUCACAGGCAAGUCGUUCGCCUACUUCAACUGGUACGAUGUCGGCAUCCGGGUAAGCUACACGCUGCUGUAUAACUAUACGCGCAACCCGGACCGCGGGCCGAGUCACUCUUGGUUCUGGGUGAUACCGGGCUUGCUGUUCUAUAAUAUUCCGUUGCCGAUGAUCCAUCUGUGGAGUUUGAUUACGGUGUUCCAGGACGGAUGGGGUACGUCGAUGCGGGCCACGGCGGAGUUGUCCAAGCGCGGGCAGGCGUGGAAGAGGUGGAAUGAUUUGGGGUUCUUUGUGGUGUGGAUGGGGGUUGUUGGGGGUACUGCGGCGAGAAUGGCGGCUACACAUUUGGGCUGGACCGACGAAGGGGUCUUCUUGGCGAUUGUUUGGGGUAUUUGUAUCCCUGCGGCCGUGUCGUUGUACGGCUUGGUUAUCUGCGAGUAA